GACAGUAUACGGAAAUACGGAUUCAUACCUUCGAAUCGGAGUAAAUCUGGUUUAAGUGCAACGGUUUACAGUGUCCUGGGAAACCACAGACAUGUCCUCAUCACCCGGCGAUCGCCGUUAUGCGUUUGAUUCACCGGAAAACAACGACGGCGCUCCACUGUACCAAGGCAGCGACAACUUUCUGCCGCUCGGAUUCAGUACACCACAGCAUCGGAACAGCGGGCCAAGCUCACAAAACCGUAACUACUACUCCGCCCAGCCCAAGUACAUGCUUCCACGCCAACGAGGAGGAUUUCACAAUCGCAAUAGAAACCAAUACCACCAGCAACAUCAGCAGCAACAGGAUAACAGUGGUGGGGGGAAUUCUCCCGCAGCUGAUUGCGAGGAGCGACCAGCGGAGAGGAGAAAGUUCCACAACCGAGACUGGACGGGACAAAACUACAAUCAACGACACCACAAUCGACCCCAUCAUAAUCAGCAGCAUCAGCGAAGGAAUCGUUUCGGAUUCGGGCACAGUCAGAAUAAGAACACCAGCGGAAAUUACAACAUAAACGACUACUUCCACCCUUCGAUGUUGGAGGAUCCUUGGUUACAGCUGGUGCAGCAAAACGAACGAGAGAAAACCGUGGAAGGUGAUUCCAGCGAUGCUGGUGACGGACGAGGAAGCGGUAGCGACGUGGGGGAAGAUUAAAUGGACAGAGGAGAUGAUUUGCAUGUAUGAGGGUACCUGAUGCAUGAUUUGAAUUUUAAUUGAGUAAUAUGAAUAUAUGUAUGCUGGACUG